CAACUGUUGAAGGAGGAAGCUCCAAAUUCCAUACCCACCCACAUCUUGUCUACCCACUCACUCACUAUGACAUGACGACAACAUUCCUUUCCUUAUAAACCAUCAUCAACUCACGUCGAAAUCGAGGUCGACAGCAACGAUGGCUCCAGGUACAGCUCAGCAGUCGCAACAGCGGCAGUUUGUGCAUCCAACUGCCAGUCAUGCCAAGAAAAAAGCUCCAAGCGCAUAUUCUAUGCAACCGAUUUCCGCCUUCUACUGGUUCUUCGGUGCCGCUCUCGUGUCCGCCUGGUUCGCCCCGAUUCAAGAUUGCGAUGAGACGUUCAAUUACUGGGAACCGACUCACUACCUGUCCCAUGGUUACGGUCUUCAGACGUGGGAAUAUUCUCCAGACUAUGCUAUCCGCAGCUGGCUCUACAUCGCCUUCCACGCCAUUGUCGGCAAUGUGCGCCGUAUAUUUCCUCACUCGAAUAAGGUUGCCGAGUUCUACUUCGUGCGGUUUGGGCUAGCUUUUGUGUGCGCCAUCACUCAGACGAUCCUUUUCAUGGUCACCAGCACAACACUCAACAGCCGAAUUGGCCUUUUCUUCCUCAUCGCGACCGUUGCCAGCCCCGGAAACUUCCAUGCAAGCACUGCUUACCUUCCAUCGAGCUUUGCAAUGUACCUGGUCACUGUGGGAGCUGCAGCUUUUAUGAACUGGCGAGGUGGUCUCAAGACUUCUCAGGGUAUGUUUUGGUUUGCUGCUGCUGGAAUUCUGGGGUGGCCCUUUGCUGCUGCACUUUGCGCGCCCUUCAUGCUCGAAGAGCUCAUCCUGCUUGCAUUUGGUGACAAGACAGCGUUGUGGGAAGCCUUUGUUCGCAUUGGCCGUGGUGUAGUUUCUGCAGUCUUGCUUCUUGCCGGCGACUACUUUGUCAACCUCUUUUUCUAUAAGAAGGCGGUUUCUGUGACAUGGAACAUUGUCAAGUAUAACAUCUUCUCAUCAAACCACGGCCCAGAGCUAUAUGGAACAGAGCCUUGGACAUUCUACUUCAAGAAUUUGGCAUUGAACUUCAACCUCUGGUUUGUUCUGGCUCUUGCUGCUCUGCCUCUAUUCAUACUCCAGAAGAUCAUUGCACCAUCUGGCCAAGGGUUUCAGACCGGGUUGAGGACCAUUGUGUUUCUCUCCCCCUUCUACAUGUGGCUGGCUAUCUUCAGCACACAGCCUCACAAGGAGGAAAGGUUCAUGUAUCCGGCAUAUCCCUUCCUUUCGCUCAACGCAGCCAUUUCUCUUCAUAUGAUUUUGACUGCCUUAGGCAACUCUGAUCCCAAGUCUCUCGUUGGAAAGAUUCCUGCCAAGCUGAAGCUCCUGGUUGUUACUCUCACCAUGAUUCUGUCUAUCGAUGUCGCUCUUUUCCGUGUCUAUGGUAUCUGGUCCGCUUACUCUGGACCUAUGAAGAUUUACUCUCCCCUGUGGGAGGGAACAGAUGGCAAAGAGCCCAUUGGUCGCGAGGAGGAUACCGUCUGCUUCGGAAAAGAGUGGUAUCGUUUCCCCUCAUCUUACUUUCUGCCCAGGGAUAUGCAUGCCAAGUUUGUCCGCUCCGAAUUCAGAGGUCUUCUGCCUGGUGAAUUCGCUCAAGCCGAGACUGGCUUCGGCUUCUGGAGCGGUACUUGGCUUCCAACAGCGGGUAUGAAUGAUCACAACGAGGAGGACUUGGGUAAAUACACUGAGCUCCCAGCGUGCACAUUCCUGGUCGACACUCAAUAUCCAGAGAGGAACGACCCUCUGCCACCAAAUGAACCCGACUACAUUGCAGACGAGAAGAACUGGGAAAUUGUCAAGUGCGAGCCUUUUCUUGACGCUGCCAAGACACACAUGCUCGCAAGGACUCUUUGGGUUCCGGAUGCGUCAUUCAUCCCGGACAAGUUCAAGAGAAAAUGGGGUAGGCACUGUCUGUUGCAGCGAAAGAAUGCUGCUGAGCCUGCUGCUGCCAAGUAGAAAGCUUCAGGAUUUUGCGAGCGAGCGACUGCGUUGAUAGCGAAAAGAUAGAAAGUACUUAUCUGUCAGAUAGAUAGACCAGGUCCAAUAAAAUUGGAUAGUACUCAAACAGUAAUGUAAUCUUGAUGCAUGCAGUGUGCGUCGCAUCGCUUCAGGUCUACCGCCUGCUGUGGUACUCCUUUCCAAACAAUCAAGGCGAGUAAGGGCCUCGAAAUUCUUGAUUUCAUCACAUCCAAGCUAUUUUCAGAGGGUUACGGUUACACAUAACGGCAGAGCCCUACUUUGUAAAAGUGUCUGGUACCACGAAAGGCAUGUAUGUAUCUUUCCGAAGAGCCUCAGGUACCAGUCCAUCGGUUGUAUUCAUUUACUGAUGAUGGGCGAUGCUCUUCUUUGGUGCGGUGCUCCUAGAUCCACGGUCGUUGGUUGGAUGUAUUGAGUCGAGUACUUGCGCGAAGGAUAUCUUGGUGCUGAACUGGGUAUCUUGUCAAUACGACCAACCCUCCACAUCCUCGAGUUCCGGACACGCCUCUGACCUUAGCAAUAAUCUUGGCAUCAGAUUAGUGCUUCAACCUUGGUUGGACCAACCUCCUCAGGUGACAACAUCUCGUAUUUCGUUUGCAUGGCGACCAGUCCUGUCCAUGAUGCAAACACUUCACAGCUGCAGCCUUGACAAUCAGGAAACUGACAAGUAAGUAAAAAUGCAGACAGUCUUGGUACAAAGGACCCAAAGAAUCCAACG